GAAGCCGUGGCCGGAUGUCAUCACCUUGCCAUACCUCUGCUGUGCUGCUAGUCUUUAUGGCCCUCGCUGUCCAUCUGGGGGCUGAACAGCCAAAAGAGAGGAGCUGUGAUGUGAUUGGUGAUGAAAGCAGCGAGUCGCAAAUGGAAAGAGCCCUGCUGAAGAAACUAGAGCCCCUGAGUGAAAUGAGGUUUAACGUGACUGUGGAGAAAGGCAAAACAGAAAACUACGUCUACAGUUUCAGGGUGUGUAGGGAGGUCAAUAGCACCUUGCAUGAUUUUGGCGGCCUGGUGCAAACAGAUAGACAGAAUGGAAAGACUACAGUGAUAGGAAGAAUCAAUGAAACCCAGGUCUUCAAUGGAAGUGACUGGAUCAUGCUGAUUUAUAAAGGGGGUGAUUCAUACGGCAGGCACUGCAGUGGUGAGAAGAGAAGAGCUGUGAUAAUGAUUUCUUGCAAGCAGGGAGUUACAGCGAGUUCAUUCAGCAUUAUUUCAGAAGAGCGGGAAAAGGAGCAGGAUUGUUUCUACCUCUUUGAGAUGGACAGCAGUGUGGCUUGUCCAGCUGAGGAUUCCCAUCUCAGCGUUGGCUCCAUUCUGCUGAUCACGUUUGCUUCACUGAUUGCAGUCUACAUCAUUGGUGGGUUCCUCUACCAGCGCCUUGUAGUGGGAGCAAAAGGCAUGGAACAGUUUCCUCACUUUGCCUUCUGGCAAGAUCUGGGCAAUUUGGUGGCGGAUGGCUGUGACUUUGUCUGCCGAUCUAAGCCCCGAAAUGCACCAGCUGCGUACCGUGGUGUGGGCGAUGACCAGCUGGGUGAGGAGUCGGAAGAACGGGAUGACCACUUGCUACCGAUGUGAUAGGCUUUCAGCACUGAGUUCUUUUCUCCCCAUCUCCCAGUGCUUGUUUAGCCGGGUGUCUCCCAGCCAGUUCUCCUUCUCUUACUUCUGAUUUUCUUUAUGCUGUUUGCUUUUGCUGUCUCCGGUGUGUCAAGUCCCAUGGAUGCCUCUGGGUGUGAACAGCACUGGUCCCUGAUGGCAUGUCUUGUGCUAUAACGCUGUCUUAAGUUUUUAAAAGCGCAGCAGAGCUGGAGGGGAGGAGAAGUGCUGAGAGUCGAGCAGAAGACAGAAAGCAAGCAGUAUUAGCAUUCAGCACUGAGGAGGAAUGGGAGAUGAAUCACUGAGAGG